UCAUGUUUGCUGUUUGCAAAAACCCAACCUGAAAACCUGCAUUUCAUCUAUGUAUGCAUGCUACAGAGCUGUUACAAUCUACCCUUCCAUUAUCAAACAAAGUCUUUGGGGUCGGUCCCAUUUGAUAGAAAUAUGUCGUCUUAAAAGAUUCCUUUUUUACAACAGUUUUAGGUUUUCAUCAACUUGAUCUCCUCUUCAACCAUCCAUCUGUUAGCAUUUAGAUUUGAUCUUGUUUAGAUUUUAAGUGGAGAGAGAUCUUAACUGGAGGUAAUCUUGGUUUAGAGAGAGAGAUUAGAAGUCAAGAAAAAUGGAAGUUAGAGAGAGGGAAACUAUAAGUCACAAUAACCCACCUCAGUCCAAUCAGGAAUCAUCUUCAAUGUUCAGCUAUGGAACUUUAAAUUCUUCAAGAAAUGAAACCCCAGAUCAGCUUCGUCUCCAUCUGCAUCAGAGAAACAAUAUUCAUGGAUUGGAGUUACAAGAACAACAAAUGGAAGCACAUAGACGAAGAACCGAAUCAAACCCAGAUCCAGAUCCGGUGUCUCAAACACUGCCACCACCACAACCAUCUGCCACCGAGAGUGCUGCAGUUGCAGUGGUGGUCAGGUAUCGGGAAUGCCUAAAGAACCAUGCUGCCAGCAUGGGCAGCCAUGUCGUAGAUGGCUGUGGAGAAUUCAUGGCUAAUGGAGAAGAAGGCACCCCAGAAGGUUUAAAAUGCGCAGCCUGUGAAUGCCACCGGAGUUUCCACCGGAGAGAGGUAGAAGGCGAGUCACAAUCCACCACCACCACAAGGAUACAUAAUUCACCACCUCGAGUUGCCGCAAUGCAGCCCAUUCCAGCAUCAUUGCCUUAUCAGCAACACCACAGGUACCACCACCAGAUGCCACCCUUCAUGGUGGCAUUUGGUGGUGGGAACAGUGUUGCACCGACAGAAUCAUCAAGUGAAGACCUUGACGCCUUCCAAACACACGCAGGAGGACACAUGAUGAUGGAGCAGCCAUCCAAGAAAAGAUUCCGUACAAAAUUCACAGAAGAGCAGAAGGAAAAGAUGCGAGAUUUUGCAGAAAGAAUAGGGUGGAAGAUUCAAAAGCAAGAUGAGCAAGAAAUACAACAGUUCUGUAAUGAAGUUGGAUUGAAGAGACAAGUGUUCAAAGUAUGGAUGCACAACAGCAAACAAGCUAUGAAGAAGAAACAAGUGUAAGAUUGAUUGAUCUCCGAUUCUAUAGACGAAUUUGAGUAGUUUUCUUCAUUUUCUUGACCCCAUGUGUAUAGGGUUUAAAAAUGCAGAUAGUAAAACUACCAAACAACCCCAUAAUAACUCCCAUGAUAUUAACUAAGCAAUAAGUAUCCAUGAG